AUGGGACUCUUAUCUCUCCCGCUGUUGUAUGGAGCAAAGAUAAACGAUCUAAUCGUGGCUGGCGAAUGGUGGAGGCUGGUCACGCCCAUGUUUCUGCACUCUGGGGUUCCUCAUGUAGCUCUUAGCUCAUGGACUCUGCUUACCUUUGGACCAAAAGUCUGCCGUGACUAUGGGCUACUCACGUUCUGUCUCAUAUACAUUCUCGGAGGUGUCUCUAGUAAUUUCAUGAGCUUUCUUCAUACACCAGAUCCUACAGUUGGAGGAACUGGGCCAGCAUUCGCAUUAAUAGGAGCUUGGCUUGUUGACCAAUCUCAUAACAAGGAUAUGAUCAAAGAGAUGAGUACGAAGACUUGUUUCAGAAGGCCAUUAUAA